AUGGUUAUGUUAAUAGAUAAUAUUUUUCUUUUUUAUUUACCUGCACUUCGAUCUCUCGACUUGGGCAUGCAUUAUUAUGUUAUGCCUAUUCUUCAACGUACUAAUGUGUCUCUUUUUAUUAAUAUUAAUGAUUUAAAUCAUAUUAGUUCAUCAUCACUUUUUAUUGAUCAUCGUCAUGUCGAUGUUCAUUUCGUUUUUAAUCCUAUCAAUUGUUUUCAAUAUAAAUGGAUAACUCAAUAUAUACCAUGUGGUAAUCGAUUUCAUCCACGAGAAAUAAUUGGUACGACAUUUGUUGUUAAUCAUUGGUCUAACAGAUCAAAAUGGCUCACUGAUAACGAUCCUAUUAGUUCUGGUCGACAAUAUUAUCAUCAUAUGUAG